UUUAGUUGCGUAGGGAUGCUCACCGACAAGAGUCUCUUUGCAUCAAAGUGGAAUUGAAUUGAGAAACAAAUUUAAGAGAAAGAGAAAUUUGAGAGAGAGAGAGAGAUUGAUUUAGAGAGAGAGGAUGUCGUACUUGCUGCCGCACUUGCACUCGGGAUGGGCGGUGGAUCAGGCGAUCCUGGCCGAAGAAGAACGCCUCGUCAUCAUCCGAUUCGGCCAUGAUUGGGACGAAACCUGCAUGCAGAUGGAUGAGGUACUGGCUUCGGUUGCUGAGACAAUAAAGAACUUUGCGGUUUUAUACCUGGUGGACAUCACAGAGGUGCCCGAUUUCAAUACAAUGUAUGAGUUGUAUGAUCCGUCAACCGUGAUGUUCUUUUUCAGGAACAAACACAUAAUGAUUGAUCUUGGCACGGGAAACAACAAUAAGAUCAACUGGGCUUUGAAGGACAAGCAGGAGUUCAUAGACGUUGUUGAAACAGUGUAUCGUGGAGCUAGAAAGGGACGUGGUCUGGUCAUUGCACCCAAAGACUACUCCACUAAGUACCGCUAUUAAGCCCUCGAGCUACUUCUUGUUCUAUUGGAAACUGUUUUAUAAAUCAAGAACAUGUUUGUAUUAAGCUUCGAAUUCUAAUUUGGUUGAAUAUGUGGAGUAUGUCAUAUGUACAAGUACUAGGCUUUUGCCUUUUCAUUGGAUUUCUAGGCAUGGACCCAUGCAUUGCUAUCUAAAACAUAUGAGGUAAGUACUUUAUCUGGCAAUUUCCUGAAGCAUGUUAGUCUGCAUUUGUAUUUAUGUA